CUCCGUUUCGUCAUCAGGUGUUGCAGUGAGUGAAUCGUACUAGAAACCGUACUUUGUUUUGUUUCUGUUCACAACGACAUAGUUCUAAACAACAAAGGAAGAAGAAAUGGCGUCACAGCAAGAAAAGUCUGAACUCAACCGUAGGGCAAAGGAAGGAGAAACUGUAGUUCCAGGUGGCACCGGUGGGAAAAGUCUUGAAGCUCAGGAACACCUUGCUGAGGGGAGGAGCCGAGGAGGGCAGACGAGAAAGGAGCAGUUGGGAAGUGAAGGCUACCAGGAAAUGGGACGCAAGGGAGGUUUGAGCACCGGCGAAGAGGCCGGCGGGGAGCGUGCGCAGCGAGAAGGAAUAGAGAUAGACGAGUCAAAGUAUAAGACCAAGAGCUGAACAAGUUGAUGAAGACGAUAGUCUUUUAAUCCUCUGGUCCUCUUCCCUGUGUUAAUAAAAGGGUCUUUUUCUUUCUCAUGUGUCUAGUUUCUAGGAUGUAUGUGUUUUCAGCUUUCUAGUUUAUAUAAGCUUAAGCUAGGUACUAUCGUAAUGGGGACCAUGCAUGUAGUUAUGUUGUCUCUUUUGGUUUCAUAUGUUGUGCAGUUCGUCUAACUUGAAUGUCUAGUUGUCUUUUUA